AUGGCACCACGAUGGGCAGACAGCCCAUACACCCUCAUCUCAACCAAAGCAUUCUCCAGUGAUACAUCCCAUAGCGCCAACUAUGUCGCCACCCAAAUGGCGCUGGCGCACAACGGCAUGCUACGCGGCUUGAACAGCAUCUACCUCCAAGCUGCAACCCUGCCCGCAAAGGACCAUACUGUGAUCAAGGAUUUCCUGACCUACUGCCAAUGCUGGUCCGAAUCAAUGCACCACCACCACGACGCCGAAGAAGCAGAAUUCUUCCCUUCCAUCGAGAAGAUUUCUGGCGUGAAGGGGUUGAUGGAGAAGAACGUAGAACAACAUCGUGCCUUCACGCCGGGCUUCGAGGCCUUCCAGAAGUACGCUGAGACCUGUCCACCCGCGGAAUACGAUGGCCAGAGGAUGAGGAAGCUGGUGGAGGAUUUCGCGGAGCCGUUGAGUAAACAUCUCCAUGAUGAGAUCGAGACCCUUCUUGCCUUGAAGGAGUACGAUAGUGUUGAGAUCAGGAAAGCGUAUAAACGGUUCGAGAAGAUCUUGAUGAACACAGAUAACUAUCGCAUCGCGCCCCUGGUAUUCGGCACAGCAGACCGCCACUUCGAAGGCGCCAUCCACGACUUUCCCAGCGUGCCCUUCUUCGUGCCUUACGUGAUCCACUACAUCUUCGGAUCAAAAUAUCGCGGGGCGUGGAGGUUUAAUCCAUGUACGGCGUGGAGAGACAGGAAAGAGCUCGCGUUCCCACCACCGCCCUCAGCAGCGGGACACGCUUGA